UGCCUUGUUUUAUCAUUCGUAUCUAAAGACAGAACCAUCAUAUGGUGGGAAAAUAAAUAGGUAGACAUAUAUAGAGGUACUGCAUCGGAAUGUUCUAAAUAUUUUAGAAUACUAUUUAUGAAAUAACUCUACUAUAUCUGGUGGUCGUUGUCAAUACCGCGGGCAUAAUACGCAGGCCAUACGCCGGAAAUUACCACUAUGCCGGCCGAUACAGGAGACAAAAGAUCUGUAUCUCAGCACCCCAUCGCAGCAGAACCUCCAUCACCUGUAUCUUCCAUACGCCUUCACUGCAACCUGUCGACAGAUACCUCUCGGAGCACAAGCAGUAACAACCUAUCACACUGCUCAACGCUUAGUAACAACUUUAAUGCUCAAACCAUCGAAUCCUUUCCUGACAUUUCCAACCUGCAAAGCUCAAAGGGGACUUGCAUCAAUCUCAUACCUCGAUGCCUGAAUGGGAAUGAGACUCCUCUAUAUCUUGACUCAGGGGUAACAACUCCGGUAUGCAAUCCGAUAUGUAGUGGCAAGAAUAGCAUCGGAAGCCUAGGACAGCAAAUACAGGAGGAACUACACGCCGAACCACCAUACCAUGUCUUCUCACACAAGAAGAAGAAGAUGCUUAUGUAUCUUGCCGCCAGUGCUGGCAUGUUUUCAUCGCUUUCUGCCAACAUAUACUUCCCUGCCCUGGGUCAGAUAUCAAGAGAUAUUAAAGUCGGUCUGCCAUUACUAAGUCUUACCAUUACUGUGUAUAUGGUUGCGCAAGCCUUUGCACCAUCCUUUUGGGGACCGCUAUCAGAUACCCGAGGAAGGCGAAUUACAUUUAUUGGCACAUUUGGUGUAUAUAUUUUCGCCAACCUAGGCCUUGCUCUCAGUACUGGCUUUGUGCCCCUCAUGGUGCUUCGUGCUAUGCAAGCAACUGGCAGUUCUGCCACUAUAUCAAUUGGCCAGGGACUAAUUGCCGACAUUGCCACCCCCAAGGAACGCGGAUCAUUUACAGGAACCAACCAAGGGAUCCGUAUGUUUGGGCAGGCAAUCGGUCCAGUAUUGGGAGGUAUUAUUGCGCAGUACCUUGGGUACCACGCCAUCUUCUGGGUCCUCUUCGGAGGGGGGCUCUUCGCAGUUAGUAUUCUCGCUGUCUUCUUGCCCGAGACCCUCCGGUCCAUCGCCGGCAAUGGCACCUCUUGCUUAAAGGGCAUCCAUCGACCUAUAUACUAUACGUUCACACAGUCGGAGGAGCAUCUCAUUGAGCGAGAACUUCCCCCGAAGAAGAAAUUGACGCUGUCGAUGACCUUCGGGCCCUUCAAGCUCCUCCUCGAAAAGGACAUGUUGAGCGUUAUUGUAUUUGGCGCCAUGGUCUAUACGGUGUGGAGCAUGGUAACCUCAAGCACCACCGCGCUCUUCCAAGACCGCUUCAACCUCUCAGACUUGCAGGUUGGCCUAGUCUUCCUCCCCAACGGAAUCGCAUCCAUACUGGGAUCCUAUCUUACUGGAAAACUUUCUAAGCACGAUUGGGCUGUGAUGGAAGCGCAAUACCGAGAGACCAAGAACAUCCCUGAUGAUCAGCCCCUCAAUAAGAAGGAGCUCGUCGACUUUCCUUUCGCCCAAGCACGCAUGCGUUCUAUUUGGUGGAUGAUAUUAAUAUUCAUUGUUUCCACCGCGCUUUACGGCUUCUCGCUCAACUUAAACCUCAUGGCGGUCUCCCUCAUACUUCAGUUCAUGAUCUCGUACACCGCGAACUCCAUCUUUGCCCUAAACUCUACACUUGUUGUUGACCUUUUUCCCCACGUCUCAGCUAGCGCCACCGCAGUCAAUAACCUCGUGCGCUGUCUCAUGGGCGCAGGCGGCGUUGCCGUCGUGCAACUCAUGAUAGACGCAAUCGCCUCUGGUCCGACUUUUGCCAUCUGGUCUGGCGUUACUGCUGCGCUAACGCCCCUUCUUGUCCUCCAGUGGCGGAAUGGCCAGCGGUGGCAAAUAGAGCGCAAAGACCGCGUUGCUGCUCACAAGGCACUCAAGAGAACAGCGGAUGUGGAGAAGACUGUGAUUUAGGAGAUUGAGGAGCCCAGUUCAUAUAAAAAUAUAUGUCUCCAUUCGUUUGGUGCAUAUUUGCAUAGACAUUCGAUAUUUUCUUGCGUUAUCUCAUAUCUCGGUUUGCAUGGCGGGCUAGACCUACAACGUUUUAGAUUCGGUUUUGGAAAGAAAAGUUUGGUUUACAUUAACAGAGAUAUCCUGUUACUUAUGACUUUACGUUGAUGAUUAAGGAUAUAGCCAGGAACAAUCCUAGUGUUAUUAUACCUUUGACUCCCUCGCGUCGUCUAGAGCCAACCAUACCUAUCUUAAAAUGAUUGUACCUGCUGCACGUGCACGAGCAAGACCCUGAUAUUUGUUCCGUAGCGCAGUGCCCAUGGCAACAUCCCAUAGCCCUAUGAAGCCGAGGCAAGCUAAUCGCUGGCAAAUGAGAACUCCGUAACCAUGUUGGAAUGGCUAGAGACCG